GGCAAUUUAUUAUUUAUUUAAAUUUUAGUAAAAGUUUAUAAUAUAAAGAAGUGUUUGGAUAAGCUUACUGCUAUCAACCGGCAGGCAGUACGUGCUGUGCAAGUCUGACAGGAGUAUAUAAAGGUUAAAGGUCCUAAUCUCUUGAAAACGCUUCUGGUUCUGAAAUGAAUUUCAAGAUUGACUUGGUUGAGGAUGACUCUCAUAUGUGCAUUAAAUGUCGUGUAACAAUUGUGGGGUUAAAUAAUUACAUUGAGCACCGCAAAACCAACUGCGUUGCACCUUGCCCAGAAGAAAUUUUACCGUCAACGUCUACGACCACUGUCAACGAUAUUGUUCUGCCGAUUAUAAACAAACCAAUACCAACAACUGCAGUAAAUACUUUUCGUCAUGACUACGAUUCUUUUCCGUCAUAUCGUUCCACAGAUAAUGAUGACAAAACUGGUAAGGGCAUUUUUGAUUCAUACAUGCAUACAUACGAAAUGGAAGCAGAUGAAUUUUUCUCAUCUCUAAGAUUGAAAAGUGUCCAAUCAUCCAAUUUAAUUCGAGGUGAUUCAACACUUAAUACAAGUGCCAAAACACGUUUACAAUCGCCGAUUAUGCAUCAAAUUUCCACUGGCAGUGCUAUCUGCAAUUGGAUACAUGCAGAACAUAACUCCCAACGUUCCACAGAUAAUAAUGAGCCGAUAUAUGAGCCAAUGAGUUUUGUAUCUAGUUUAUCUGUUAUAGGUGGUGAUGAGGCUGUUAUAGCAAUGCAUGAAAACGAUGAUAGUGUCGAAUUUGGUAUGGAAAAAGAACAAGAAGAUGAUGAAGAAGAAGAAUAUAUAUGUAACGAAUCUGAGGAAGAAGAUGAAGAUGAUGAAGAUUUCAUACCUGAUAGUAGUAUUCAUAAUAAACAUAAACCUUUACGUGCAUUUCGCUCACCUCCUGCAGUGCCGCCUACACAUACAGGUGGUAAAUGGCGUCCAGGUCAGAGACCAGCACUUGCUGAACUGACACGCAUAAACUCUCCCAGUUGGGAUGAAUCAAAUUUUGAUUUUGAGUGUAGCGAGAAUAAAACUGCUAUUACUGUUGAUGCGGAAAAGUGGACAAACAGCAUAACAAAGCUAGCAAAUGAUAAACUUAAAGCCGCUCCUGUAGUUCCAAAACAAUAUUGGUGUAAUCCCUGCUGUAAAAAACUAAAAACCAGCGCGACAUACAAUAAUCAUUUGCGGACGCAAUUUCAUAUUAAACGCGCCGAUGCUGACAAACCUUUAGAAAAGGCUGAAAUCGACUGUUUGAGCCCACAGGUACUCAGCGAUAUUUUUUCCACAAUAAGUGUUAAUGAAGAAAAUCUACAAACGGAACAAGAGAAGAAAAAAAUAAAACAAAUUAAAAAGGGUAAAAAACUUAACCGAGGCAAAAUGUUUGAAAAAUGUAUUUGUUGUAAAAGAUUUGUGCCACGUAAACAUAUUGGACAGCAUUUCGUCAGUCAUUAUCAUUAUAAACAUAUGAUAAGAGAUCCAGCCAAAUCAAUUCCUCAAUUGUUUCAAAAAAUGCAUGCUAUUGUCCACAACUCUCCAUUCCAAUGUCGUCCGUGUCGUUUCUAUGUAAACACCGAAGAACAAUUUAUGCGUCAUUGGAACUCCGCAGCACAUCUAGAUGCCACUGAAGGUCCUGGAAAGUUCCUAUGUUCCCACUGCCAAUUCGAAUGUGAGGACAAUAAUCAAAUGCGUCGUCAUUUAGUAAGCCUAGAACAUAAAGAAUUGGUUAAAUCAGUUGCACGUUCUAUGCCAAUUUGUAUUAGCAAAAAAAUUGACAUAAAGUGCAACAAGUGCCAUAGUUCGUUCAGAUACAAUGCAGAACUACGCGCCCACAUACAAGUCUGUCAUCCUUUUACAGAAUUAAGUGGUACGGCUUCAGAUGCAUAUCAAAGCCGUUUUAAAUGUGCGCAUUGUGAUGAAUGGUUACGUUCUAAAAUCGCACUGCAACGUCAUACAAAAUCUCGCCAUUCUAUAAGGAAAUACUACUGCUAUCGGUGUAAUUUGUGCUUUCAAACCUCUCAGGAGGCAAUUAGACAUCGUAAAAAGCUAACGCACCGGUUAAAGGCUAAGAAUUUGGUAGGAACCAUGAAAAGAAAUAGAGUGGCAAUGAACAACUCCAAAGAGUGCCGUGAAUGUGAUCAUGUGGCUGCUACGGAAGCAGAAGCUUUGUUACAUGUUUUGGCACACAAAAAUAAUUAUGUUAAAAACAGCAGUAAGACCAUUCGACAAAAAAAGAAAGCUAAUAUCAAGCUUGAUGUUACAUCUAAGAACUUAAACACCUGUAAAGACUGCAAAAAAAUUUUUGAAAAUCGUUAUGCGCUAAAAAUACAUCGGGAUAAUGAGCAUCCUCUAUUAAAGCACCUCUGUGGCAGUUGUGGAAAAAGUUUUGCUCUCCCGCAAGCUUUAGGUCGUCAUAUUCGAAAAUGUAAACCUAUUUGCAUACCAUCAGAAUUUUCUACCACCAUUACAGUUUCAUGCAUAGAUGUAGUACCUACAUUAUCGGAUACAGUAAAGACUGCAAACCUGUUGCUUGUGCAAAAUAAUAGUACACACACGAAUGAUCUGACAGAAACAAUAAUUAUGCAAAAAUCUCUUCUUCCGACUGAAACAUCUAGAAUUGUGGUCUAUGAACAAAAAAUUGACUCGACACCUAAUACUCACACGGAUUUUAACGAAACAGCGGUGGUUCCAAUUUUAAACAAUUAUAUCAAUCCAAUACCAUUAAAUGAAGGUGCUAAACACUUUUGUCACAUCUGCGGUCUUGGUCUACCUUAUAAAGCAGAAUUACUUUUUCAUCUCGUACAUCAUAAAUAUGGACAAAUUAAACGAAACGACUUAAUACCUUGCGAAAUGUGUUCAAAAAAAUUCCGCAAAGAUUCGCUACGCUGUCAUUUACGUCAGCACACCAAUGAAAAAAUCUUCAAGUGUCAAAUGUGCAAUGUACGAUUCUCUAGACGCCAUAACCUCAAGACUCAUCUCAUGACUGUCCACAAAUUAUCAAAAGACGAUUCAGCGAAAAUAUCCGUAAAUGUUUUAACAGUUGAAGAAGUGGAUAUGUGCAACAAUGCCAUUGAAAUGGUCAACAAUACUAAUUCGAACUUUUUGAAUACAAUCCAUGAAGAGACUAUAAUAGAUGCACACUCCAACAACCAAAAUGUUAAUAAAAUUUGUGAUGACUUGAAAUGCAAUUUUCAAAGCUGCACCUAUGAAGCCCCGGAUCAACAACUUUUAACCGCUCACUGCAAACGUCAUACUGAUGGCUCAUUUAUAUGUCAUUUCCAGGAUUGCAAAUACUCCUCACAGAUAUACCAACAUUUUCAAAGGCAUUCCAAAACCCACAAAGAGGUCAAAAAACAAUUCGCUUGCAAAAAAUGUGCUUUUAAAGGACAGAGUAAAGCCCUUCUGAAACGGCAUGAGCUGACACAUUCUUCCAAGAAAUUUUACAAAUGCCCACACUGUUCAUAUCAUUGCACAACUCUGGAUUAUUUGAGAAAUCAUGUAUUGAAAACUAAAGCUCAUCCUGGGCUGUGUCUUUAUAUUUGUAAGAGUUGUGAAUCUUCAAAGCAGAAUGGAAGCGCGGAUGAAAUUUUUAAGACAAACUCUUUUACAGAAUAUCAAACACAUUGCAAACGCGUUCAUGAUUUAAGCAUUAAAAACUAUAAAGUUUUCUUAAAAACCAGAGCCAAGAAAGUUAAGUAAAAAGUCUUCAUUCAACCCGUAAAUUACAUCAAAAACUUGAAACUGCAGGAACAUGUAAACUGGAUCCAUCAAAAAAUGCAAAAAUUUUAAUAUAUCCCGAAAAAAAAGCAAGGAUUUGAGGCAAGAGCAGCAAAUGCAAAGUACCAAAAUCUCCUAAAGUUUCUCCUAAAGUCGUCAUAACACAUCACUCACAGUCAUCACAGUCGUUUGACUAACUAAGUAACACAAAUUUUUUCUGUCAAAAAUCGAUUUUACUCAACAAUAUAAUCUCCUUCAAGAGCAAUACAAUCAUUCCAA